GUUUGACCUCUGAAAAUAUUGACUCUUUCUUUUCUCUGUCACUUUCUCUCUGGUCAGCCCUCCCAUACACUCCAAAAUCCAAAAUCCCCCCGACUUUCUCAUUGCUCGACCAAUAUAAACCACUUCCUUAAUUCUCCAACUAGCAAAAAAAAUCCAAUUCAAUUCCAUCAUUUCAACAAACAACCAAAAAAAAGGAGAGCAAAAAAAUGAGCAGCUCCAACGAAAGCAGCGGCGGCGGAGCAACCACGGCGGAGCAGAAGAAAUACAAGGGAGUCCGGCGGCGGAAAUGGGGAAAAUGGGUGUCGGAAAUCAGAGUUCAGGGAACUCAAGAUCGGCUCUGGCUCGGCUCGUAUUCGACUGUUGAAGCAGCAGCGGUGGCGCAUGACGUGGCGUCGUACUGUCUACGAGGACCUUCCUCGUACAACAACCUAAAUUUUCCAGCGACAUUGCCUGUCGGAGUGAGAACCGACAUGUCGCCGCGAUCGGUACAGAAGGCGGCGUCGGAUGCUGGAAUGGCGGUUGAUGCUCAGUUUGCCAUGAAUCAAACGCAACAGACAAGAUCAUCAUCAUCAUCGAUAGACAGUAGGAGUCGUGAUGAGUCGAAGAAUGUGAUGAACGAAAACAACGUUAAUGAUGGAUGUUUUGGGGUUCGGGAGGGAAGAAUGGUGAGUAGUCAUCAGUUGGAGCAAAGAGAGGAGGCUUUGAACAUUUCUGUUGAAGAUUAUCUAUGACUUGUUUCUUUCCAUCUUAUAUCAUA